CCUCUCUUUGGCCCGGCGCAGUCCCUCGCCUCUGCUGCCCGGCUUGCGCGGCGUGUGUUGUUUGCGACGCUGUCGUGCCACAGCGCGCUUUACGGCCGCGAGGACGGGGCGCUCGGGCGCCAGGGCCGCUCGGGCCGGGAAGCAGGGCGGGCGGCCGAGGUUGAUGCCCGGCGGCGGCGGCGGUGGGGCGAGCGUGGCGGCGUCUGGCCGGCUCCUCACCGCCGCAGAGCAGAAGGUGCCCCGGGAGGCGGCGGCGGCCAGAAGUGGCCCAACGGGACCCGGCGGUAGGGGCGGAGCAGACGGCCCCGGGCCGGGCGGCGCGGGCGGCGCGGCCGCCAGGAUGAGCCUGAGCCCGAAGGAGCUGUCGAGCCUACUGAGCAUCAUCUCGGAGGAGGCGGGCGGCGGCAGCACCUUCGAGGGCCUGUCCACCGCCUUCCACCACUACUUCAGCAAGGCCGACCACUUCCGCCUGGGCUCGGUGCUCGUCAUGCUGCUGCAGCAGCCCGACCUGCUGCCCAGCGCGGCGCAGCGGCUCACGGCGCUCUACUUGCUGUGGGAGAUGUACCGCACCGAGCCGCUGGCCGCCAACCCCUUCGCCGCCAGCUUCGCACACCUGCUCAACCCCGCGCCGCCGGCACCCGCGUCUGCGUCCGCUCGUGGCGGCCAUGAGCCCGACCGCCCGCCGCUCUCAGGAUUUUUACCGCCUAUAACUCCACCAGAAAAGUUCUUUCUCUCCCAGCUGAUGCUGGCACCCCCAAGGGAGCUGUUCAAAAAGACACCGCGCCAGAUCGCGCUGAUGGACGUGGGGAACAUGGGCCAGUCAGUGGACAUCAGCGGACUCCAGCUGGCCCUGGCUGAGCGCCAGUCGGAGCUGCCGACACAGAGCAAGGCCGGCUUCCCCAGCAUCCUCAGCGACCCCGACCCGGACUCUUCUAACUCGGGGUUUGACAGCUCGGUGGCCUCUCGGAUCACAGAAUCUUUGGUCAGCGGACCCAAGCCACCGAUUGAAAGUCACUUCCGGCCGGAGUUUAUUCGGCCACCCCCUCCACUGCACAUCUGUGAAGACGAGCUAGCCUGGCUCAACCCUACUGAGCCCGACCACACCGUUCAGUGGGAUAAAUCCAUGUGCGUGAAGAACAGCACCGGGGUGGAGAUCAAGCGGAUCAUGGCCAAGGCCUUCAAAAGCCCCUUGUCUUCCCCGCAGCAAACACAGCUGCUUGGCGAGUUGGAGAAGGACCCCAAACUUGUCUACCACAUUGGCCUCACUCCAGCCAAGCUCCCAGACCUGGUGGAGAACAACCCUCUGGUUGCCAUAGAGAUGCUGCUGAAAUUGAUGCAGUCCAGCCAGAUCACUGAGUACUUCUCCGUGCUGGUCAACAUGGACAUGUCCUUGCACUCCAUGGAAGUCGUGAACCGACUGACAACGGCUGUUGAUCUACCUCCUGAGUUUAUUCACCUUUACAUAUCAAAUUGCAUCUCUACUUGUGAACAAAUUAAGGAUAAGUAUAUGCAGAAUCGCUUGGUGCGUCUUGUGUGUGUCUUUCUCCAGUCCUUGAUCCGUAACAAGAUUAUUAACGUGCAGGACUUGUUUAUCGAGGUGCAGGCCUUCUGCAUCGAGUUCAGCAGGAUACGAGAGGCAGCAGGCCUGUUUCGCUUGCUGAAGACGCUGGAUACGGGGGAAACACCUUCAGAGACCAAAAUGUCCAAAUAGCACCUGCUCGAAGCCCCUUCUUUCAACCGUGUGGUGAUUCUUUGUUAAAAUCCAGCAUUUUUGAAAUUCAAGAGUGGACUGCUUGCUCUAAUGCAUAGGAGUAACACUUUAUCUACUUUAAGCGAAGUUUACUUUCUUUGAUGAUGUUUUCCUGUAGAUGAACUUCUGGGGAGGACCUGGGACAAUGUCUUGCCUGUGACUCCCUGACAGGCAAACCCAUCAGCCCCAAGCGGUUGCUGAAUGGUAGGAGCUGAUUUCUUCUUUUUGAUAACACUAAAGAAAUUGUUUUGAAAGGCACCGUACAGGAUUCUGACGAAUCAGAAGCCCAGUUUUUUGAAGGUUCCGAAGUUAAAAGCGCAUUUUAGAAUUCGUGGUGUUUUGCUUGUGGCAGCCACAGCAGCCCCAACCAUCUCUCGGAGUGAGAAUCAAGGCUGUGCUACUAAUGACCCUGCUUUGCGUGGUGACUUUGAAGUAACAGGCCACAGAGUAAAUGCCCCUCCUUUCCUAGCGCUAUUUUCUAUGUGAUUCUCCCGCUUAUGAUGGUCCUGCUUCCUGCUAUUAGCCCAAGCUUACUGUUUUUGGUCUUAUUUUUAAAGAGAAAAUGAGUAACAUCUUGGGAGGUGGUCACCCCGGGGAGCUGCCACCUGCAGUGGGGUAGCCAUGUGGGAGGCAUGGAGAUAGAAGCAGGAGUGGCACCUCGCUGUCACCUGUGACUGGGUAAUAGUGCCUUCCAUUAAAGUUUUUUAUCAACUCUCAGAUGAUGUGUUUUUACUUGAAGAAAUUUGGAGAUUCCUUUCUAGAGGCACUUCGAAAGCAUGCCUGCAGGAAACAACCUGCCAAAGGAGCCCUGUGAAAGCACAGUACUUGGGAUGUAGAAGACCAGCAUCUCACCCUGGGGAAAGUGCAGGGUCUGUGUGGGGGGAUGUUGGGAGCCGCAGCCCCGAGCCCGGUCGCCUUACUUGGCGGACGUGAGGCCUGUAGGAAAGAGCAAAGCCUGAGCUAGAUUACCCCUCCCAUCGAGUGUGUUAGUUUCCUGCUUACCGCGUAAACAACCCGCUCAAUAAUAUGUUAGCCAAUCAGCUUGCCUUGCUUACUUUAAUAUGAUUGGACACUGUAUCCGUAUAUAUACUGGUGCCACCCCUGGGGGGAAGUAGAAGCCCGAAAGGAGCCGCGGAGAGCAGACCGGUAGAGGCUUCGGAGCGAAGCCCGGAAGGAGCCGCGGAGAGCGGACCAGAGGAGGCUUCGGCUGGGAGCGAUCCCAGGGCAGGCUGUACGGAGAGAAAAUAAAAGAAAAGGUUGUCCACUGCCAGACUUUGUCGUGUGUCCUUCCUGCCGGCCGGGAGCGACAUCGACAUUUGGUGGCCCGUACGGGGAACAACUGAUCACCCCCGAGACGUGGUAGUGGACAACGUUCCUUGAUACAGCACUGCGAGACAGGAAUCGAGACGAGAACCACUGUGGGUACCGGAGAGACUGACACGGGCGACAAAGCCCUCGACUAAAGACCAGACCUGCCCUACCGGAGAUCCAUCACAGACCAACCAACAAGAUAAAUAGAAAUAGCGGUAGCCCGAAAUAGACAAGAAGAUCAUCAGGCAUAUACAUGGCUCGCUCGCCUAGCCUACGACCGAGUCUAGGGGCGGUGAGCUGCCCACACUCCUCCUCUAAAAAAUUAUGACAUAGCUGGGUAGGAGAGUCAAUGACGGGUAAGAGCGUACUCCCCCGGUGCGACUCAACCUAAGCCAGGCCCUACCCCAUCCUGCACGUAAGCCGCUGGACUGUUCGAUGUUGCCCAGGUCUAAAUUUCUCUCCGAGGGGAUUUCUUUACGGAGAGGAAAUGAGUGCAAGCUUGUGUGCAUCCAGGUUCCGUCCAGUUUGUGCCUGGCCCUAAAAAAAGGACGAGGGCCUCAGGGCCUUGGCAGACCAUGGGACGGCCGACCAGGGUCUAAGCCAAGGACCUACGGUGGGCCUACGCAUAGGGCAUAAGCCUCUGCACCCAGUCCAGGAAGGGCUACGAUGCACACAUUCAUAAAAAAUAAAAAAGGGGGAGAUGUUGGGAGCCGCAGCCCCGAGCCCGGUCGCCUUACUUGGCGGACGUGAGGCCUGUAGGAAAGAGCAAAGCCUGAGCUAGAUUACCCCUCCCAUCGAGUGUGUUAGUUUCCUGCUUACCGCGUAAACAACCCGCUCAAUAAUAUGUUAGCCAAUCAGCUUGCCUUGCUUACUUUAAUGUGAUUGGACACUGUAUCCGUAUAUAUACUGGUGCCACCCCUGGGGGGAAGUAGAAGCCCGAAAGGAGCCGCGGAGAGCAGACCAGUAGAGGCUUCGGAGCGAAGCCCGGAAGGAGCCGCGGAGAGCGGACCAGAGGAGGCUUCGGCUGGGAGCGAUCCCAGGGCAGGCUGUACGGAGAGAAAAUAAAAGAAAAGGUUGUCCACUGCCA